GUUAUGAUGGUUAUACUUAGUUAUACUGUCUAUGCGCACUAAUCGAAUUGGCAUUUUUCAAUUAUAAGCUGUAUGAAGAUAUGUUAAAGUAUAUUUUUAAUUGUGCUGAAAUAUAUUUUGUCAUCAACAUGGGCGCGUUUUGCUUACAUAAAGUGAUUUUCACAUUGUAGUCUUGUUAAUGUUGUAAUCAGGAUAUUCACUUUACUCCUACUUACUUAUCCACUAAUCGUGUCGAAUAUUAGCAAUGGAUAAACAUAAUAGUACAGAACUAAUCAAUUCGGACUUUUCGUUGUCCAAAAACGCUAGUUCUGAUUCCUUGGAUUCGGAUUCAAAAUCAAGUUCAUUGAAUUCUAAACACGGACAGGACUCCCCUCAUGUACUGGGUGACAUUCAGUUACUGGAAGGUGAGAAGGUGAUGGGAGUGGCUCGAGAUGUGGCAUACUUGUGUCCAUACAACGGGCCUUCAAGAGGGGUCCUAAAAGUUACAAACUAUCAGCUACACUUCAGACCUAUGGAUGCUGCAGCUAUUCACAGUACAUUAAAUGUGCCGCUGGGUGUUGUAUCCCGAAUUGAAAAAGUGGGUGGAGCUUCUUCUAAAGGCGAAAAUUCUUAUGGAAUUGAAGUAUUUUGCAAGGACAUGCGGAACCUGCGUUUCGCGCACAAGCAAGAGAAUCACUCGCGGCGCGGCAUUUUCGAGAAGUUGCAGCAGCUCGCGUUCCCGCUGUCGCACCGGCAGCCGCUGUUCGCGUUCAGCUACACGGAGAGCUUCUCGGAGGACGGCUGGCACGUGUACGAGCCUAUCGCCGAGUUGAGGAGGAUGGGCGUUAACAACGACAUGUGGCGUAUAACUCGCAUAAACGACAAGUACGAAGUGUGCGACAGCUAUCCCGCAGUAUGGGCGGUGCCGGCGGCGGCCAACGACGAGCAGCUUCGCUCCGUCGCGGCGUUCCGGUCGCGCGGCCGGAUCCCGGUGCUCGCCUGGAUACACCCGAGCUCUCAGGCCACCAUCACGAGGUGCAGCCAGCCCCUGGUCGGGGUCAGCGGCAAGCGCAGCCGUGACGACGAGCGGUACAUCCAGACGAUCAUGGACGCGAACGCUCAGGCGCACAAGCUGUUCAUCAUGGACGCGCGGCCGAGCGCCAACGCCAUCGCUAACAAGGCCAAGGGCGGCGGGUACGAAUCUGAGGACGCGUAUCAGAACGCGGAGUUGGUGUUUCUGGACAUACACAACAUUCACGUGAUGAGGGAAAGCUUGAGGAAACUAAAGGAAUUAUGCUUCCCACAGAUCGAUCAGACGAGAUGGUUCAGCGGUAUAGAGGCUAGUUGUUGGCUGAAACACAUCAAAUGCAUCUUGGCCGGCGCUGUGCGGAUUGUUGACAAGGUUGAGAACCACAAGACGUCAGUGUUGGUCCACUGCUCGGACGGCUGGGACCGCACGGCGCAGCUCACGGCCCUCGCGAUGCUCAUGCUGGACCCUUACUACCGCACGCUCCGGGGCUUCGAGGUCCUCAUAGAGAAGGAGUGGCUCUCGUUUGGACACAAGUUUCAGCUGCGUAUAGGACACGGCGACGAACGCCACUCUGACGCCGACCGCUCUCCAGUAUUCGUGCAGUGGGUGGACUGCGUGUGGCAGCUACAGCAGCAGUUCCCUACAGCGUUCGAGUUUAGCGAGCGACUGCUCAUCACCAUACUGGAUCACCUCUACUCGUGCAGAUUCGGCACGUUCCUGUUCAACACUGAGAGGGAACGAGUCAAAGAAGAGGUGAGAACCAAGACGGUGUCCCUGUGGUCGUACAUCAACAGCCGGCAGGACUUGUACCUGAACCCGCUGUACUGGGGCCCGGCGUCUUCAGCGCCCGCGUCCCCGCCCGGACCCUACUCGCGGCCGCAGGUGGUACUUGUGCCGGUGGCAUCGCUUAGGGUCAUCAAGCCGUGGAAGGCGUUAUAUUGCCGAUGGAACCCUACAAUGAGACAGCAGGACCCAGUAUUCCAACGGAGCCGCGAGCUGGUAGCGCUCCGAGCGCAGCUGGAGGCCGCGGUGGCGGCGGCCGCGGGCGACCACGCGGCGCGCCAGCACCGCCUCGCGCUCACGCCGCCGCGCGUCGCCAGCCCGCACCACGUCUAACAUGCCACGUCGGGUCGUAUGUAUUCGAGAACGGCUACGUCAGACUGCCACGUCAUUAUAUCAUAAUGGUUGUUGUGUGUACAAUUAUUGCUGCCAGAGACUGAUCAAACUUUGUAUUAACCAAGCCGAGCCCAGCUCACGCCGCCACGUAGGAUAACACACACCACGUCUAACCUGCAUGAGGUCUUACUUAACAUUUAAUAACGGCUACGUCAGAAGCGAGUCGGUCAAUCAUGUCAUUAUGUACACCCAGCAGCAAAAUAUCCAUUUUAUGAAUGAAUUCACUAUACAACGUGUACCCAUCCAACUUUCAGUGGCUGAUGUAACACGUUGUAUUAUUAUUUAACAAAACGGUACUUAAUCGUGUAUAAUCAGUGUUUCGGAGGUAAAUUUAUAAACUUAUUACUUUUGUUAAAUAAUAAUGAGUUUAAAUCGCGAAAGCUUUAAUAAGUGGAUUCAUUAUAUGUACAUGCAAUUUUGUUGAGCAUUGUAUCGUCGGGUCGCGUGAUUCACUGCGCUUUAGAAUAUAACUGCUGUGUAAGAGAUCAAAGCCUUUGAAAUCUAUCUAGACGCUCUUCGACUAUCAUUUUAGAGCAGUUUUUCAACGUUCAUCAUGAUAUAGCCCCUUCAGUAACUUACUGAGGCUUUGCAAUACCUCGCUGCCCCUCGCCUCAAAAUCUUCAGAUCUCGUUACGUGUAUACCAUGUUGGUGGUGAAAUUAUCCACAUUUUGGUACAUAAUGGUACCCUCCAUAAGACAGAAACACAAACUUUUUGAGAUUUUCCUUGAGAUCUAUGACCGAUAUCGAGGUUAGUGAGGGACCUACUUCAGUGAGGGACGUUCUAUUUGUAACUGGCUCGUAUAUUAUGCAAUAUUCCUGUUAUAUUUAAAUAUUUUAUUAAAACAUAUAUUUUCCUUUCUAGUUUCAGAAUUUUGACCGAAGUUUUAUAUUUACAGUCGAGAGACACAUAGUUACAAGAUGCUUGGCAAUGGCAAAUCAAAUGUUAUUUUUCGCUAGUAUAUUAUGUGAUUAAAUAUUUGUACUCUAACAUUAUAUUUAGACUCAACCAAAAAUAAUUAAAAGAUGUCUGUAUUUUAUAUUAAUGCAUUUACCCGUUAUAUUCACUAUUAAGUUGCUCAUUGACGGUAGUGACGGUAUCGGCCUGUCAGAACAAAAUGUGACAGUUCCGAACAACUGACAGACCGAAACCGUCCGGCGGACUGUUAAUCAGUGGGCCCCUUUACAGAUGUAGAACAUAAUUGUUUUCCAUCUUAUUUUCUCGGUAACGUUCGUAUUUGUAUUUCAGUCAACCUCAGUACUUUUUGUAUCGAAACUGUCUGAAAUAGCAAGACACGUUUGUACGUUUCUGUGAAAAUAAGAUGGAAAAUAAUUAUGCACUAUAUCUCUACUUACAUAAAAGGCUUACUUAGUGUAUAUGAGUUAAACUUUAGUUGUACCGAAAUUUUACCGAAAACUCGGGCAACUGUGGUCUAAAUUUAUAUGUCUAACGCUUGUAACACGAGCGUACAUUUACAUAAAUAACAUUAAGUCUUAUAAUUUAAGAAGGUUAUAUUUAAUAAAUAAAAAAAACUACAACUCUGGCAUCGUAGGUGAACUGUUGCAGUAAAGUUGUUUGAGUUUACGGUACUUUUUAAAUGUGACAUUUUCAGGCUAAAGAAACCACAUAGUUUGCUUUAAUUAUUAUUCUAUAAGCAUCUGUAUAACAGUAGCAUCUUAUUUCGAACCGUCAAUAUGUUACCUAAGGUUACUUUUUCUUGAAAACGGCACAUUGUGAAACGGACUGAAGUUAUAGUGUAGUUAAUAAUGUACUUAUGCAUAUGUUCUCUUAGCUCUAGUUAUAAUUUGCCUUCCUAUUUGUUAAUCAGCCCAGUAUAAAAUCCACUCUGCACCUUCUCUCGGUUCGUCUCGUUCGUCUCACGGAGUGCAUAUGUUUUACUGGAUCCGAAACGCAACGUGAUUUUCAUCUGAACAUUGGGAUUGGGAUCAAAGAGAAUUCGAAAUAGAGGUGGAUUAUCAAGGAAAAUUUUGUAGCCACUGUAAAUUUACUGCCAUGUUUAAACACAUGUUUAAAACUUUUAGAACGCCAUUUGUGUUUGAUCCUUAUUAUUUUAUCAGUGAAAGGAUAAGGAUCAAAGUCAAAUAGCGUUCUAAAAGUUUUAGUCAUGUAUCGAAAGAUGGCAGUAAAUUUACUAUGGCUACAAAGUUUUUUUGACAGUCCACCUCUAUUUCAAAUUCUACAAUUACUGUUGAGAGGGACGAUCAUUACAAUUCGAUUUUUUUAGCAUUAGAAAAAAGGUAAACAAUCUGGACACAUCAUUUUAUUCAAAAACGCUUAAAAAAACAGUAAACAGUACUUAUGAAGUAAAAGAAUGUAAAUGAUCGUGUAUGAUUUACAAUUGUUACAUAUUUGCCGUGACUUAUUUUUCAAAAGUGUUAAUCAAUAAAAAGACACGUCUAAAUCACUUACCUUCUUUCUAAUGCUAAGAAAAUGAACUAUAAAAAAUAGCCAAAACUCACUAAUUACUACCACAAGUUCAGAACCAUAGUGAACUUCUAACAAAACAAGAUUGAUUUUUGUUUACUUAUUUUUGUAAUUAGUGAUUUUCGGUUGUCACCUUACGAUAUUGUUUAGCUACCCCACAAUUAUCUUAUCAUAUAAUUUCGGGGGCCUAGCGAAUGCACUUCGCCCCAUAGGGAUCCUUUGCGCAAUUACGCCCUUAAAAAUAAUUCGUCAACUACUCAAGAGCGUUUUUGACCAUCUCCAUGUACUGGAUAAGGGCCACAGUUUUGAAUUCCUUUGGUUCCAGGUAGCCUGCUCCAAAGUCCUUCAUUCUUUGUCUGGCGAGGGCGUGACAUUCACACAUUAUGUGUUUUACUGUAUCUUCGUCUUCGCCAGACAUGCGACAAUCGGUGUUGUCAGAGUGUCCCAUCGUGGCCAAAACUCCUUUGACCCACGGUUAGGUAAAAAGUUUACAUGUACAUACGACCGUGAUGUGGGUUGAAACUUUCGCACACCCUCCCUGUAACUUUAUCCGCCUUUUCAUCAAACCUAUUGUACCACAAGUCGUCACGAGGCUUUUCACUGCCAAAUCAUUCAUUUUCUGUACUGUGUGUGUAUAUGCCAAAAUAACUUUGUUCAAGGCGUACUGUCAGGCGUUCUACACUAGCCAGCUGUGGUACCAUUUCACGAAACGAUCGUUCAAUAGACUUCGAGUACAGUACAACAACGCGUUUCGUGCAAUGUUACGGCUACCGUGGCGGUGUAGUGCGUCUGGUAUGUUCGCCGAGAACAGAGUAGAUGACUUUUACGCUAUAAUGCGUAAAAGGCACUGGUCGUUUGUCGGGAGAGUGAGCGAAACGGCGAACAGUAUUGUUAAAGUAGUGUAUACAACCUGCUACUGUAUGAGCAAGGUUUCCCCGCUGCACCUAUAUAAUUAGUCUUAAUUUUAAUUGUAUAUUUUAAUUGUAUAUUUUAUUUUAUUGUAUUGUUGCUUUAUUGUAAUUUAAUGGGUUAAUACCUGAAUAAAUAACAUUUUUAUUUAUUUAUUUUAUUUAUUUUAUAUGUCUAAAUGUCUCAUUAUGGUAAACUAGUUUUUCUUCUGGUACCGGUCACUGGAUUAAUACUAUUGAUGUGAUGUGAUUGAAUAUUGUUGUUGAUUUUUGCAUACUUUUGUAGGCAUUCAUUUUCGAAUACAAAGGAGAUGAUCAGUAUGUGAAUUUUGGCUUAGUCACACAUUUGAAAAAGAGAGUUUAUUUUGCUUGGCCAUAGAAACGUAAUCAGAGAAAAAUAUAAGACUUUGUUAAAAUGAUAAUAGUUAUGUCGGCCAUGUUUGUUUAAUUUUCUUGACUCUUCGUGGUACAUACUGUUGUAAAACCUCAUAUAUGUAAUUUAUUUUUACACUGUGUUAUUAUUAUAUGUAUUAUGGUACCUGUAAACAUUUAUUGUAUUGUUUUAAUUGAUUAUGAGUAGAAACAUAGGUUACUCGUGUAGUGCCAAACAUAUCGUUAUAUUCCCGAUGGAUAUGCUGAAGCAUUUGUUGAAUAUAUUAUCUGCAGUUUUCUUCAAAUUAUUUAUAAAUGCUCGCAUUUUUGGCGAAUGGAACGAAUGAACAAAUAGUAUGGGAUAUAAAGCUGCACGGGCUUUGGCAGAGUGUGGAAAUGUCAUCAUAAACGUCAAAUUUCUAUUGAAGUUUGUAAUGACACUUGUGCACUUUGUUCUGUCAAAAUCUCUACAGAGUUGAGUUGCGGACUCAGUGUAAGGCCUGAGUGGACGCUCGAGUUGGGCGACUUGGGCGUGCAGCGGGGCGCGGCGUGUGGCGUCAUGGCGUGCAAAUUAAACAAACGCAAAUGUAUAGGUGCGGCCUUAGUGCACGCUGCUCAAAUCACUCGCUCGACGACGACGGGAGCUCGACGCCACGCUACACGCCCGGGCCGAACACUCCGCUUCGAGCGUCCACUCAGAUCUUACACUAAGAAUUAUAUUAUAAUUAUAUAUUUAAAGUCAUUGACUACAGCUAGUGCUACAAACACUGCUCAGUGGCCGUGUUGACAGUACUUUUGAUAUGGCGUAUAUUUUAAAAUCGCAACGUGUAUGGGUUUCCAAACAUUGUAGGGAGGAAAUCACAGUACCUGGUAGGCAUAACAUUUCAUAGUAAACGACUAUUAUAAUUACUAAGUAUUACGUUGAAUAAGUACAAUGUCUUUCUUUCGUUCAUUGAUGUAUAUUCAUUCAAUAACAGCCCGUUUACCUUAAUUUAUGCAUUAAUCGUAAUUUUCAUGUGGCGUUAUAUCUCUUCAUUAAGAAUCGUCGCUUACAGAUAAUUCUUAACUGUGUAAAUGUUAUCUGUUAAUUGACGCAAAAAAAAAUAUUGUAAAUAAAUUUCGUUUAAGUAAAUAAAUAUUAAACUUGUACCCAAGUUAUUGUAUAAA